AUGCCGCCCCCGACUCCCCCCCGCCGCACUCCGCGCACCGCCGCCCGCCGCACGUCCGUCGCGGGUGCCUGCGCCCGCCCCAAGCCGCCCGCUACCGCCGCCACGCGCACGCGCGCGCUCCUCCUCGCGCUCGUCGCGGCGACAGCCAUCGCGCGCCUCGCAACACCAGCGGCGGCGGCGGCGGCGUCGUCGUGGGGGCCGGCGUGCGUGAACGGGUUCCCGAAGCGCGCUCUGUGCCGCUUCGUGGAUGACUUGGCGGCGUCCCCGCUGGUGGAGGUGGACGGCGCGACGGGCAGCGCCGUCACCAUCGGGGUGUUCCAGAAACGCAUCGCUGGUUACGACACGUCCCCCCUGGAUCCGCUCCCCUCUCCAUCCAUCCCACUCGAGUCUCCCUUCUUACCCCCCGGUUUCCCCCUUUCUGUUCCGGCGAGUUUCGGCGUGUAG